AUGGCCUCAGAAAAACAUGCGGAAAGCAGUGAAGAACAUCGUUCUGCCAUCAUUGCUUACGAAAAUCAUGCAGAUGAAGCCUACCACUGUCCCUUAUGUCUUGUAUCUGGACGCAUUCCGCGUAGAAUGAAUAAUGUUGCAGAAAGGUCUGUCGCCUCCGUUGAUGGACCACAAAUUGAGGAGAGGAGAAGUGAGAUUAGAGCGAUUGAGAUUUUAUGGGCGAGACUAAACGAUGAGGAGAAACGCGAAUUUGAACAGAAGCGUGAGGAUGAGAGGAGAAAGAUUCCAGACGCAAGCAUUGCAACGGCGCAAAGCAACAAUGUUGAAAGUAAAGGACUUGGAGGUGGAAAAGAGAGACGCGAGGCUAAAAUAAAGAAAUACGCUCGGCUUAUCGCUAGUGAAGGAAACGGACUGAAAGGUCAGAAAAAGGGGACCUUGAAAGGAGUGAACAAAAUCAUAGAUGAGGCCACUUUGGAGGAGAACGAACUUGAUAAUGAUAAACAAAAAAUACUCUCGGAUAGACUAAAACAAGUCGCAGAGAAUGCUGCUGAGUUGCAAAGAAUCCGGGAUGAAGAUCAAGGACUCGAGGAGAGAAUGAAUCAAGUUAUGGAGACUGACGGUGCUGAAAGCUUAGAAGAACUCGAAAUCAUGAACAAGUUUUAUGAGCAGCAAAUCAACAGACUUCAGAAUAUGAACAGAAGAUACAAGGAGAGAAAAGGACUUGGGGAGAGGAUAAACAGAGCUGUUGAGGUUGAUGCUGAAGGUGGACAAGAGCUUAAAGACUCACACAAAUUGGAUGAUUACAAGACCGAAGAACUUGGAGAUGAGGAAAGCAACUAUAUGGUUCCGGUGGAAAGCCUUGCGGAUUGCAAGGAAACAACCGAGAAUGAAAAGAGAUAG